AUGGCCGAUAUCUCCAAGAUGACCAGCGAGCCUGUGGCCGCCGCCAGCAUGGCGUCGAACCAGGUCGACUACGCGGACGACUUCGACGAGGUGGAAGACCCGUCGCACCUGAUCGAGUGGUCGGACGGCGAGACCGGCGGGCCGGACGACGAAGACCACGGGGCCGAGGCCGGCGGCCCGGACGACAUGCACGCCGGGCUCACCAGCCCGGAGCGCACGCCGGAUCGCUACCUGCCGCUCUUCGCGGCCAAGUACUUCCCGGUGCCCUUCUGCCAGAUGGCCAGCUUCGCGGCGGCCGGCACGGCCGGCGUCACCUCCGAGGCGGACUUCAUGAAGUACCAGGCCUGGGCGCGGGAGUUCGCCACCGGCGGCCCGGCCGGCGACCAGGCCCCCGGCGCGGCCGGCCAGCUGGACGUGGUGGCCUUCAUCCAGCAGUAUGUGGCCGCCAGCCCGCGGGUCACCCUCUCGGUGGAGAUCCCCCUGCCGGCCGAGGGCGGCCCCAAGCCCGGGUGCCACUUCUGCCAUGGGUGCAUCCCGGCCGGCACGGACAUCAUGCAGGACAUUCGCCCCGGGCACACGCGCUUCCCCAUCACCGUCAUCAUUCCCCUGGAGCUGGAGCCGGCCUACCGGGCCGCCGAGGCCGAGGUGGCCGACAUGUUCGCCACCUUCAGCGCCCCCCGGCACCAGGUGGUCUCGGCCAGCGGCCGGACCCUCUUCGACAAGAUCGUCCUCCCGUGCUUCAAUGACAUGGCCGUCGGCCUGGUCCUCGAGCGGGCCCUGGCCAGCCCGGACCUGCGCCGCGAGUCGGCCGCCCGGAAGGCUGCCUUCUUCGAGGCCUUCUGCGCCGGGGCCCCGCCGGCCACCGGUGCCCCCAAGGCCGGCAGCCGGUAG